UAUCGUCAAGAUUCGAGUCAAGUGUUGAUUGUGUGACUUAAGUAUUGAUAUUUUGAAAUCUUGCAUUUUUAAGCUCGAUCGCAAAAUAUAUUUAUUGUCUAGUUAAUAAUAAGUUAUAUAUUAGUAUUAAAUACGUAGUUAUUUGAAUAUAUAUUGAAAGUGUUAAGUCAUGGAAGCGUAUGAAAGCGUUAUACUUGUUAAAAAUGAAGUGUUCGUUUUUAAAAUACCUCCAAAAACAACAAAUAGAGGAUAUAGGGCAGCUGACUGGAAUUUACAAGAGCCGCAAUGGACGGGGCGUAUGCGUCUUGUUGCAAAAGGCGAUGAGUUGAUAAUGAAGUUGGAGGAUAAAGCUAGUGGUGAAUUGUUUGCGAAAUGCCCCAUCGACAAAUACCCAGGAGUAGCACUUGAAUCUGUUACUGAUAGUUCACGCUAUUUUGUUGUUAGAAUACAGGAUGACAAUGGUAGAAGUGCCUAUAUUGGCCUGGGUUUUGGGGAUAGAUCAGACUCAUUUGACCUUAAUGUAGCUCUUCAAGAUCACUUCAAAUGGCUGCGAAAAGAACAGGAAGGUGAACAAGGGCAGCCACAACAGCUUGACCUAAGUUUCAAAGAAGGGGAAACUAUUAAAAUAAACAUGAAGAUAACUAAAAAGGAUGGUAGUGAAGGGAGUAGACCUCGUCGGGCUGGUGCUACUAGUGUAGGAGGUCUGCUUCCACCCCCCCCAGGAGGAUCAAAGCUGCCCCCUCCACCUUCUCCUCAACAUGUGCCAAAUCCUUUUGGAGCCCCAGCUGUACCCAAUACAGAAUGGGGGGACUUCAAUUCAGCAAGCUCUGCUAGCCAGCCAGCGAAGCCUACAACUCCUGCAAAUCAGCAGAAUUGGGUGCAGUUUUAAUUGUAAAAAUGUGAAAUUUAUGUCUAUAUUAAGCAAGUGCAAUGCACAAUACUUAUGAAACUUACUUAAAUGAUUUAUGACAUAUCCAUCACAUGUUUUCUUCACUAGAUUAUGUUAAAUUAAAAAAAAAUAAUUGUAUAUCAUGCCUGUCUCCAUUAGUUAUUUCACGAAUGUUAUGGAAAGGCACUUUAAUUGUAACACAAAUUAAGUAACUUAAACAUAUUUUAAGCUUGUAUUGUAUAAACAUACCAAGUAUCAUUUUGAAGUAUCUAUACAAACCUUAAGAUGCUGGAAACUGCCUUCUUAAUUAAUAUGUUAUGUUUAGAUGCUUUAAAUUUAAAUAGUUUGAAUUAUAAUUUAAAACAAUAGCAUUAUAUAUUUGUGUUUAUCAAUAUUAGUUUUUGAUUCCAUUUAAAUAAAUAUUAUCAUUAUAUUUAAGAUAUAUACCUUGCCCAUUUUUAGUAGCGUGUUAUUGUAUUAUUUGAAUAAAAUAAGUAUAAGGUUGCAAAAAAACAUUUAAUAACUUAUAUUAGCUUGAUUAGCUUGAAAUUGAUAAAACCUAAUGUAUUUUUUUUUCAUAUUAGCAUCUAUAUACUAACAUUCCUGAUCCUGUUUUGUGAUAAUCUUGCUAACAUUAUGAUUAAUUAUCAUUAUAAAGGUACACAUCAUACAGAUAUAUAUCAGAUAAUUUUGCUGAGCACUAAUACUUAACUUUAUGUUGUACUUUAUAUAUGAUAUUAAUAUUUAUGUCAUUUAGAUCUUUAUUCCUUUUAUUACAAAAAAACCGAUGCGACUCGCGAUUCGUGUGCCUUAUGUGGUAUAUGUUGAGAGAAUCUUCCACAUAAGGUUCGGAAUUAACGGUAUCGUGAGCAUAUAUAAUAUAACGUAAAAAACUUUAUUUAUUAAAGCAUUAGCAGAUAUAUCAUCAGCAUAAUGCUUGUUAAAAUGGUAUUAGAGUUAAGCUCAAAUUGAUAUAGAAUUUAUUUGUUAUUAUAAAUUAAAAUAACAAAAUGUAUACUAACAAUUCUGUAUCUAAAUAUAUCGAUAACUAUUUAAUAUCAGUUCCAAGGUAGCUUUCAUUGAUUAAUUUUAUUUUUGAUUUGUUAAUUUAAUUAAAGAAUUAGGUUAAAUGAAUACCAGUUUUGAAUUUCAAGUGAUAAUAUAAUUGUUAUCAUCAAUAUCUGUACAUGUUGAAACAUUUAAAUAGUAUAAUGUUACUCUUAUUUAUCUAUAAAUACUGUAGUUAUAGAUAAAAUUAUGGCUCUACAAUUUAUUGUUAUUCAAUGUUGUUAAAAAUUCUGCAUGUCAUAGACAAGCUCUAUGUAAAUAGCUUAUUAAGUGAUAGACGUGUGAUGUUGUACAAAUGUUAUUUUUUGUAAUAAAAAUAGAUCUGUUUUGGCGUUUUAUUUGAAACAUGUACAAAUGUAAUAAAUCAAAGUAGUAGCUA